AUGACCGCCAAGCCUGACCAAUAUUACCAGUAUUACCCUCAGCAACAACGACAGGACCAACAACAACAACAGCAUUUUUAUUAUCAACAAAAGCAACAGCAACAGCAACAAUUUCCUUUUCACGGCAAGACUCCUGUUUAUACCCUCUACCCCGAUAUCCUUCAGAAGCCCUCUGUCAAUCAGAUCCUGCCCAUUUCGAACAAGCAGUUCCUCCCCGCCAACCAUCGCAAACUUUCUUCCUCUUCUUCUUCAAGCAAAAACAACAGCACUCGAACUGCAAUCACAAUCACCAUGGGCGCCUCUUACGAUACCAACACUCAGUCCUCAUUCUCGUCGACAAAGCCCUCGCCCCACCAACAACAUCACAACCAAAACCAGCACCGCACAGACACCAACUUGGGCUAUUCUCAGCAGCAGCAAAAUCAGCAGAAGCAUUCUCCUCGGACCGCCUCGACCGCAAAGGGUGCACCAGUUUCUCCGAUUUCGCCCUCGAAUCCAGCAUCCAUGGGAUACAUCACCGCCAACAAGAGUACCGCUCGAGUGACCACCGUAGACGAGGUUCAAUCGAGAAGUCGUGCAAAGACCGUUGGCGAGGGACAGAGCCGUUACGACCAGUCUCAAUACCAGCAGCCACGAACUAUUCCAACAGUAACUCUCACUUCAACAGCAGCAAAGGAGCAAUCGGCACCAGCAGUAUCACCUCGCGCUCAUGGACAGCAGACACAGGCGCACUACGGAGGACCCGUCCCUCGACCUAGGGCGGCCUCUGCUGCCGCUCAGACCCACAACGCCAAAAGCCAAGUUUACGGUCAAGGACAACAACAACACGUUCAGUCUCAGGGACAAGGAUAUGGCCAAGAACAAGGACUAGACAACAUGAAACAAUCUCCGUCCAUGGGCUCGGGCGGUUUUGCGCCUAAGUCUCCGUCUUCUCCUUCGUCGCACUCCUUCGCACAACAAAACUCGAGAGCCUCGCCCUCCUCAAAAACGGCACUGUCACCGCCACUGCCCAAACAAGGAUCUGCAUCCUCGUUUUAUUCGCUCCCUUCGCCAACCACGUCUGAUAGACCUUCGCUGUUGACAGUGAUCCCUUCUGCCUCCCUUGCCCUGUCAUUCGAUCAAGACUCGGAUCUCGAUUACCCUCACGACCAGGAAAAGCAUCAGCAGCAAGCAUUGGAGUAUCAACGGCGAUUGCAGCAGAAGCCACCGCCAAAACAGGGAGAAGAAGGGUCGGAUGAUGACAGUGACUCGGGAUCUGUGCGGUCUUACCGGAGGUCUAUCCAUCGGCUGUCCAUGACGUAUAAGGGUCGACCCGGAGUUCCCAAUAUUAGCGUGUUUUCAUCCAACCAACGGUCGAAUGUGAUCCACCACGACCGUUCUGCAUCGGGAUCUAGCGAGUUGUCAAAUUCGCAGAUGAUGAUCAGGGACCAGCGGGAGGCAAGACUCCAACACCAACAACAGCAGCAACCACCUCAGCAACAGCAACAACAUCAUCACCAACAGCAUCAACAGAGUCAUUCUGGUAAACCCAACGCCAACGCGAGUUACACCAAGCAAGAACCCUACGGCUCAGGAUCAUCUCUGGCGUCAAUUGAUCAGCGUCCUCGUCAGGAGGAUGGUCGGCCAGUCAUGGUCCGAGCGAACACCAGUCAAUCCCCACCCUCCCAACGGCCCCGGGACAUUCAUAUCCCCGAACGCAGCUCAUCAGCCGACACGCUCCAUUAUCGCAGCAAGAGUGAAGGCCGGCCCGGACAGUCGACAGCUUAUGGUCAACAAACCCAUCACCAACACCAUCCAAUGCCUGCGUCACCAUCCUUCCCGAGCAGAUCUCAGAUGGACCCUCGGCCAAGUCAUGAUAGUCAAAGGACAUAUCAGCAGCUCGACCCACGACCUAGUCAUGAGAGUUCUAAAAGUCAGCGGCCUCAACACCUAAACGUCUCGCCUAUUAGUCCGCGGGGGGGACGCGCGCCUGGAGGAUACGGACCUGGCCCUGAGCCUACCCUGAAUAACGGUCCCCUCUCCCCCGGCGCGAACGGAGGAUCGAGCUACUCUCAGAACCCAGGACGGUCUGGUGGUAGUAACGGAGGCGCAUCUCAUCAUCCUCUUCCAACAUCCUCCCGCGGGCCGGUAGGGUAUGGACAAGGAGCAAAUGCAGGUCCUGGCGGCGCAGCAGGAGGAGUAGGGGGACCCGUCAAGCUCCACCCCGUAUACCAUCUCCCAACCAAUGGCUACGUUCGUCCAGAGGAAGCCUUUGGGCCGUCGAACCCGAUGCCCGAGAAGGCUGAGGACUUUGUCCGCCAAGGUAUUGAAUUUCACGAGAUUGGCGAGAUUUCCAAGGCGACGCAGUACUUCCGGUCUGCCGCUGAGAUGGGAGACCCUGUUGGCAUGUUGAUGUACGGUCUCUCUGUCCGCCACGGAUGGGGUUGUAAAGCUAACCGACAGCUGGCCUUCCAGUACCUCCAGAAGAGUGCCGAGCAUGCGGUGGGUGAUCUCAAGUCGAGAGACUCGUUUGCGAGCAAGGCGGCCAAGGGCGAGUUGGUGUUGGCGAUCUACGAGCUUGGUAUCUGUUUCCGACAUGGAUGGGGUGCCGAGAAGAACAAAAAGACUGCCGCCUACUACUUUGAAAUUGCCGCCAACCUCGGAGAUCCGGAUGCACAGAACGAUCUAGCGUGGUGCUAUUUCCACGGCGUGGGUGUCAAAAAGGACAUGUACAAGUCAGCCAAGUAUUACCGUCUGGCGGCUGCCCAGGGCAUGUCAACUAUGGGCAACUCAUGGAUCUGGAAGGACAAGUAUGGUGGCCCCACCAGUCCUACCACCCCCGACAAGGGUCACUACCACCACAACACCCUCGCCGCCCUAGGAUAA